AUGCCUUAUCCAUACAAGAAAAUCUUCUUACUCAUCAAGCGGAGGCCAUCACUCUCCUGUCCUCGGCUCACCGCUGCUCAAGAUCCCGAUUCCGUCAACAAAGCCACUUCCGUUUCCGCCGACAUCCCAGAAAAUGUCCGCCUUCAGCCGGAACCUUUCUACGGCAAUGUUGAUGCCUUUGGAGGGUUCCUACUACAGUGCCAACUCAUUUUCCAGCAGGCUCCAAGUAAGGCGCUACAAUGGGCCCAAGCUUUUCUAGCCUCGCAUCCUAUCGCUCAUCUCCCAUACGACAGUUUCAUUGGAGAAUUCCGGCUCGUCUUCGAUCAGCCCCGAAAGCAGGAAGAAGCAGUCCGGCGGUUACUAAGUCUCAAACAAGGUAACCGCCCGCCAGAGGCGGACUCUUUUGAAGACCUUGUCACCGCAGCCCUAAGAUCGGUCACUCAAAACUAUCCCCCGAGGAACGUGAUAAACGACGGGACGAGGGCUUAUGUUUCUAUUGUGGCCAAGCCGGUCAUAUGCCGAAAUGUUAAGCCUGAUGCUUUGUCCCGCAAAUACUCCUCCUCUGAUUCCUCCUCUGACUCAUCCAUUCUCCCCAUGUCCUGUUUCGUUGGAAGUCUCACCUGGGAGAUCGAGAGCAAAGUCCAGCAGGCUCAAGGCCCCCCUCAGGUCAUCUCCUGCCUCUAUCCAUGCCUAGCCGUCCCUGGUCUCAUAUUGCGGUGGAUUUUGUUACUGGGCUUCCUCCGUCUCAAGGCCAUACGACACCAUGGGAUACCCAGUGACAUCGUGUCCGACCGCGGACCUCAAUUUACAUCUCAAGUAUGGAAGGCCUUCUGCUCCGCCCUUGGAGCCACAGUCAGCCUUACCUCCGGGUACCACCCACAGGCCAAUGGACAAGCUGAACGGGCUAACCAGGAGCUGGAGGCGGCUCUCAGGUGUCUGGCGGCUCAGAAUCAGGAGGACUGGUCCAAAUACCUGGUGUGGGUAGAGUAUGCCCACAAUUCCCAUUCGUCCACUGCCACCGGGAUAUCACCUUUUGAGGCCUCCUUGGGUUACUCACCCCCUUUGUUUCCUUCCCAGGAAUUGGAUCUGGCAGUGCCCUCGGUCCAGCUCCACCUUCAGCGGUGUCGUGACAUCUGGCUGCAGACCAGGGUGGCUCUCCUCCGCACCAAGGAGAGCAACUGCCAGAUAGCCAACCGUCAUAGGGUGGUGAGUCCCAACUACCAACCUGGCCAGAAGGUUUGGUUAUCGUCUCGUAACAUUCCUCUACAGGCCUCGUCCCGGAAACUGGCUCCCAAGUUCAUUGGACCCUACACCAUUGACCGGGUCAUAAAUCCUGUUUGUGUCAAGCUGCGUCUCCCUGCUGCCCUCAAGGUGAAUCCCACGUUCCACGUCUCACAGGUCAAGCCAGUCACUGAGAGUCCGCUUUGCCCGCCGUCCGCUUCCCCGCCACCCGCCCGUACCAUCGACGGCGCCCCGGCCUUUACGGUUGAUAGGAUCUUGGAUGUCCGGCGCCGUGGGCGGGGGGUGCAGUUCUUGGUGGACUGGGAAGGGUAUGGUCCAGAGGAACGUUCAUGGAUUUCCCGCUCCCUCAUUCUGGACCAUACCCUCAUCGACGACUUUUAUCGGGCCCGUCCUGACCGUCGUCUUGGACCGCCUGGUGGCGGUCGUUGAGGGGGGGGUACUGACAUGGUGCCUCUGCCAGCUGCUCUCCCCCUCCCCUGCCUGCUCUGCUCCGGACGCGACCAGCUGUCUCCACUUACCCUCAUCACCACCAUGGCCUCUUAAGGAGUUCCUGGACCUCCACUCGACGCCAGUUCGUUUUCCUCCCACGGAAUAAUCUACUCUGGAUCUCACCUGGUCGCUGUCCCCUGGUUCCACGCUGUCCCUCGUCUGGAAUCCUGCUGCUGCUCUCCUCCAGUCAGCUGCUGCGCCCCUGUUGGAAAGAAGCCUAAGACUCACCUUUCUAUAUAAAGACUUCUUAACUCACCUUAUUGUCCUAGUCUCCUUCUGGGUUACAGCAUCUGGGUCACUCUGAACUUUUGACAAACCAUGACAGAGCGUCUGUUCUGAGAGUGG